AUGGAGAACUCAGGCGAAGACCUCUCCUCCACAGCCAGCCACUCCUUCUCCGGCGACGGCGGCAGCGCCUCCUCCGAGGAGAGCGGCUGGACGUCCUACAUCGACUACUUCAUGGAGACGCAGCAGCAGCAGCGACGCAAGGAGGAGGUGAGCCGCCGUGCUGGUGAUCCCUCCACUGACGAUGCUGGAGCUGGACGACGAUGCAGUUCUACAUCCGAGUGCAGCAGUGAUACUGGAGUAGGAGCCUCCACAUGGCUGCCGUUGAUUGAGUUGACCAGGGAUUCCGAUGCCACCCACCACCAGACGAAAGUAAAUUCCUGUGAUGAGAUUUCGCGUUCUAAGCGGAAGAGUACAGGCAGUGAUGUAAAUGGGGCAAACACAACAAUAGACACAUCAAUCAAGGAAGAUAGUGCAUAUGACAACAAUGAGCUGAUGAGGAAGAAGGGCCUCUGCUUGGUCCCUAUGUCUGCUUUCCACGUAUAG